UGUUUGGAUUCCACUGUUUUUCCACCGAGUUUCUUCUCAAUUUCUUCCAAUUUCUCAUCUUCUUCCUUUGUAAGGAAGGGGUUGCACUAAUCUUUCUUCCUUUGGGUGUUUUCUUUCUCUUUCUUCCACCAGAGAAAACGCAUAAAAAAACCCAAAACCCGAAAGCUCAAAACAAGUCAGCACAAAAAGAAAAAAAACAAUUUAUAUACAGUGUGACUCACCACGAAACUUGCAUGGGACAAUCAAGAGAAACCCACUUGGGGGUUGCCAUGUUUCUACAGGACAAGAUAUGUGAUAUAUGUGGUGAUGUUGGUUUUGAGGAACUAAUUAGAAGCUGUUCUCAAUGCACCAUGGGACGCCAUCUCUAUUGCAUGAGGGUUGUAGUGAGGGAUGACUUGGAAGAUUGGAUAUGUGAAGGAUGCCUUUCGAAGAAUGAUAUAAAUUCUCUGAAUUCUGGCCAGGCAGAAAAUGUUAUGGAUUCCUCUACAAAAGUUUAUUUUGACUUAUGGGGACAGGUUCCACGUAAAAGGCGAAAAGCUGUUGAAACUGGGAAAGUGAAGUUCCUUCCUACUGAGGAAGUCAUUAAGCUAUCAUCCCUCUUACCGUUACCAAAAAGGGCAUUUCCUUCAAAUAGUAACUCAGGGUUAAAACCUGUGCCUGCAAAAUUCACUCUAUCUCCAUCGAAGAGGGUGUUUAUGGGAUCCAAAUACGCUGGCCCUUGUUAUAACCCAAUAAAGGUAAGAAGAAAUCCUACUUUUCUACAGUUAGGAUCUGAUAACGUUCCUAGAGGCCGAGGUGGGCAGAUCAGUGCAUCUAUUAGGCAUCAACAUUCAGUUGAAAGGCCAAACAAGUCAAAAGAAGAUGAAGAAAAGGCUUCUCGGACACCUGCAAAGCAGUAUGGUAGUAAUGAAGAGCCAGUAUCUUCUGUUAUGGCUGCUAAUGAAGUCACGGGUGAUGUUGAUUCUAAAGCAACGAACACAAUGAAAGAGACGUUGUCUAUUGCCAAUGCAGUAGAAAGAGCCCAUCUUGUUCCCAACAAAGAGAAUGUUUGCAAAGGGAAGAUAUCAGAUACCAUCCUACCUAAUAAAGAGCUCACAGUUCUUCAUACUAAGACCGAGGAUGCUAUGAGAUCGAGCCGACCUUCACCAUCAAGGCAUCAUACAACUAUUAUGAGUUCAGGUCAAAACAUUCAUGGUGCUGCUGAACCUGAGAACUCUGAUGUCCCGAAAACAGAAACCUGGAGUCGACUUAAGGUUUCCUUAUAUCGACCACAUGCUCCUUCUCUACAUCCUACCUGGAUGGGAGGUUUCAAAUUCUUCAAUACCACGGGUGAGUUGUAUGGUGAUUUCCUGGCUCUACCACCAUGCAGAGUUCAUCGUAAAGCAUAUGAGUUUUCGAAGAAAAUGCCUGCAGUUCUUCAGGUUAAUCUGCUUCAACAGUGGCACCUUCACUCUCAUAUACUCCAGAAUGGUUGUUUAGAUCUUCUUGACAUUGCUUUAUACUUUUGUCCAGUAGACAUGGAAAGAUCUCAAGGGAAUUACAACAAACUAUUUCAGCUCAUGGGGAAGGAAAAUUCAGUGAUGAUAAGUUACAUUGAUGAUUUGGAGUUGUUGAUAUUUACAUCUGAACAGUUACAUGCAGAUUCGUGGGGUGUGUUUACCGGGUCAAAUAAGGAGUUUUUUGGUGGAGUCUUCCGCCGAGUGAAGGAACAUCAGAAGCUUCCUUCAUUGGUUUCUCAUACACAAGAUGCAGGUGAAGCUGAUGACAUGGUAAGUGGAAAAAUGGUAGGGAUUUCGAACAUGGCUCUUUCGAAAUGAAGACAAGGCGGAUAGAUUUGUGUGUUGUUGAAGUAAAGAACAAGUUAGUGUAAUACAUUUGUAAAGCCUGUACACAUAUUUUCACCCACAUAGUCAGCGAUAGUACUAACACCCAUCAUUUUGGGAUAAAACAAAAACCAUAUCACUAUCAGAACGCUUCCUUUUUUGUACCGCUUAGCAUUAAUCCGUAUUACUUAGUUUAUUAUUCCUUUUA